GUUCUUGUCUAUUGUUUUCUAUCCAAACCGCCGUCGCCUUGAUGAGCUGUGGAACAGGGCGUCUUCGCCACGCCUCCCGGGUGACAACCAGUGUCGCCUUCCAUCGCUGCUCUCCCCCCACCGUAUUUCUGCGUGAAAAUUGGCAGUUUCUGCUAAGUCAUCAUAUUAGGUGGAUUUAUCCAUCGGACACAGAACAGUUUUCUUUUCUUAGGGGGACCGAAGGGUUUUAAUGCGUUUCUAGCACAGACACGUCCAGGGACACAUGAGAAAGCCAUGAAGCCCUUGCCUGCCAUUACGUCGCUGCUGCUGUUGUUUUUCAACUGGUCCUGGGCUGCCAAAAUUGUCGUCGUGCCUCCCAUCAUGUUUGAGAGCCACCUGUACAUUUUUAAGACACUGGCCACUGCCCUGCACGCUGACGGCCAUGACACGGUCUUCCUGGUGUCGGAGGGCCGGGAGGUGCCGGAGUCGGAACACUACAGGCUCCAGCGCUAUCCUGGCAUCUUCAACAGCUCCACGGCUGACGACUUUCUGCAGUCCAAAGUGCGCAACAUUUUCUCCGGCCGUCUGACUGCUCUGGAGCUCUUCGACAUCUUGGACCAUUACUCGCAGAACUGUGACGCAGUCGUGGGCAGCGAGGCUGUGAUGGCGCAGCUCAAACAGGAGAGUUUCGACCUGCUGCUGGUCGACCCCAACGAGAUGUGUGGCUUUGUCAUUGCACACAUCCUGGGUGUGCAGUACGCCGUGUUCAGCACAGGACUGUGGUAUCCAGCAGAAGUGGGCGCCCCUGCACCCCUCAGCUAUGUCCCAGAGUUCAACUCGCUGCUUACAGAUCGCAUGACCUUGCUGCAGCGCGUGGUCAACACGGCUGUCUACCUGGUGUCUCGCUUUGGAGUUCAGUAUCUCGUGCUGCCCAAGUACGACCGCAUCAUGAAGAAACACAACAUAGAGCCAGCUGUCAGCAUGCAUGACCUGGUACAGGGCAGCCGUCUGUGGAUGCUGUGCACAGACAUGGCCCUGGAGUUUCCCAGGCCCACUCUGCCUCACGUGGUCUACGUUGGAGGCAUUCUCACCAAGCCUCCUAAUCCUCUUCCUCAGGAGUUUGAUGACUGGUUGAAGGACACAGAGAAGGAUGGCUUUAUGGUCGUGUCAUUUGGUGCAGGAGUGAAGUAUCUGUCAGAUGACAUCGCUCACAAAUUAGCCGGAGCUUUGGGACGGCUGCAACAGAAAGUCAUCUGGAGGUUUUCCGGAGUACCUCCCAGCAAUUUGGGGAACAAUACAAAACUUGUAGACUGGAUGCCGCAGAAUGAUUUGCUGGAUAACCAGGCAUGCUCAUACUCCAACACAUGGAACUUAGACAAGACGAUGCACCUUGAAAAGUACCGUGAGCGAGCGCGCAUGCUGUCAAACAUUCAUAAGGACCAACCAGGUCACCCCGUCAGCAGAGCGGUCUAUUGGAUCAACUACAUCCUACGUCACCACGGUGCUCCGCACCUGCACUCGUCCGUCUACAACAUCUCCACCUACCAGUACUUCUUACUGGACGUUGUGGUGGUCAUGGCAACAGCCCUGUUGCUGAUUGGCUUCUGCCUUUACCGAAUAGGGAGGGCAAUGAGAGCCAGGUUUGGGAAAGGGGCAGGGGCAGAAGUGUUUGCCAAGGAGAAUGGACAUUGUCAUAAUGGCGUUCCCAAUGGAAAGCUCAAACGCAAUGGACACAUCAAGAGUAAUGACAAGAAGCUGAAGUAAACAAACCCAAACAUAUCAACAUCAUCAAGCAAAUAUCAACAAUGCAGAAUGCAGAGAGUAUGACAUCCAAACUAUAACACAACAACAUCAAAGCAACACAACACAGUAGUGGGGCAGCCAAAGUCUACAUAAGCAACAAAACAGAAACACAAACACACACUCUCUGCUGAAAUUGAAAGAACUCUGAAGGAUAUUUGUGUUUGGUGCGCCCUCCCUCUCUCGUUCUUACAGUUUGCACUCGUUCUUUUGAAUGGUGUGAAUGUUGAUGUGCAGUUCCUCCAAAUGUUCAAUCUAUUCUUGAAAAGAGAGAGUUGAAGAUUUUUAAAAAGUUUUAAUGUUAGAGGAUUAACAUUUGUAACAAAACCAUUGUGCUGUCCAGCAUCAGGUAUCUGUACAUAUUAAAAUGCAAAUGAUUAUUUAUUUCAGUAACUGUAACUAAUACUGAGUAGUAGUUAGUAGUUCUCCAGUAGUUAAAUUGGUUAUAACAGGGCAACAAAAGUUAUUUCAUAAUUUAUUUUGAGAUGUACAAGUGAAAACACUCCCUUAAGGUCAGUAUGAACCUGUGUGCACCCUCAACUUUCACAUUUGACUCCUGCAGUGUAUGUCUUAUGUCCUCGUGUUCUGUAUUUACUCCCUGAAGCCAUUGUUAAAAGUUGACAUGAAGGACAUUUUAGCAGGUCUGUAAUCAUAAAAUGACUGUAUGCUGAGAAUCCCUAGGAUUGAAGAGUUUUGUAUUUAUAAUUUCAUACGACCACUGGUGAUGAACAGUGUAGGGGAAGGAGACAGACGACGAGUGCUUUUGUGAGGGAAGUAGUAAUCUCAUGGGUGAGUGUUUAUAUUUCCAUAACUGAAGAGAUAUGAAGUGUGUUGUGGAUGAUUAGGAUGAAGCUAGACCCAGUUCUCCCCAAUCACUUCCCUUGCUGUGGCCCUAUGGUUCCUUUUUUUGUUUGUUUUCUUCUUUUUUUAUCUGUUUUUUUUCCAUUCCCUUCUAUUCCUCAUUUGUCAAACACACCAUUUCUUUAAUUUCUUUACAUAGUUCUGUUACAGCCUAGUGGUGGAAUUUUGGAUUGUUCUUGAAUGUUUACGUGUUCUUUGCACUGAGCUCAUCUCGGGAAGCAUUUCUGCUCUAUCUGUGUGGUAUUAAUGUUCAACCAUGACUGACUCUACAGCACUGUUCUCAAUCAUCAAACCAGUACAUACACACUCUUGUCAUCUGUGAUGCCGUUUCUCUAUGAGCUUAACCAGUCUGCCUCGCUGCAUUACACAACACUGUGAUACUUGAAUUUAUGCUAAGUUAUCGCUAUCUGCACCUGGCACGGCUAUUAUCAACCAGGUGCUGCACAGCUGCCUGCGAGCAGACAUGCCAAAGCUAUGACUGGGGAAAUGGUAACAACACAUGUAUAUUCAUUCACAUAUAUACACACACUGCAGAACCUGAAUGUUGUGAUGUCAGUAUUAAUCCUGGGGGUUCCAGCUGUGAGUGGUAGUCGAAGGGCACUUCACUGCAAUAUCCACUCCCCCUUGCGUCUCUCUAAUCUUGUUCUCUGGCUGUGUCCAUGUGUAGUCUAGUUGGCGAGGUCAUGUAUUCUGAUGUGAGGGUGAAGGGAGGUCACAUCGCAGUCAGUACCAGUUUGCCCAUAGUUUUAUAUUCUGUCCUUAUCAGCUCUUUCAUUAUAGAUGCUUCAUGAUUCUUCUGUCACUGUUCCCUUAUUGCCCCCGUGUCCACUUCUUUUUUUCUCCCAUGUCAUUCUCUUCCACUUUGUCAGGUUGAUGAGUUUGUAGCUGCUUGUUCCUGCAGUAGGAUUUUUUUUUACAUUGAUAGAAACAUGUUAAGCUGCCUUUCGUGCAUGUCUCAUGUUGUAAUGUAAAUAUAUAACAUGUAAACAAACACAAAUACUAAAGCUCAAUAAACAUUCCACAUUUUA